GAUCCAACAAAGCACAGCAUAGGCUGCAUUCAGUACCUACUACUUCCGAAGUGUACAUCAGUCGGUCUGUCUAGAAGCAAAAAAAAAAGAUAUUUUAUUAAGAAAUUGGCUCCAACUUUCUAACGUGUUCGUGUUAUACACUUGAGUGGCUGUGAUCAAUCUAUUUCGUGUUUUUGUAUGAAGUUCUUAAGACAAAAUUAAAAGAGAGGAAGAACGAGAUACCGAUGAUAUAGUCGGCGGGAACUUGACCUCUAUUUGAGUGAAGAACUAAUUCACUGAAUUGUAGUAGUAACAUUUAAUCAAGCCCAUUCUGUAUAAAACAUUCGCAAAGCUAAAGACAGAGACAUAUUAAAUAAGUGAGGCAAUUAUGGAUAACUGCAGCAACAAUCAUACAGAAAAUGCUUAUUCAAUUGGUCCAUUGAAAAUUGACAAUGAGCCAAAACGUGCUGAAACGAUAAAUCAAAUACUUAGUUGUCUCGUCUUCGAUGAUUCCACCAUUGAGCGUAUUAGAGAUGUCUUUCUAUCUGAAAUGGAAUUAGCUCUAAAUGAGCAGCCGUCUUCCCUACAGAUGGAAAAUACGUAUAUUCCUGAACUACCAGAUGGCACAGAGGAAGGCAUUUUUUUGGCUCUCGAUUUGGGUGGUACGAAUUUGCGUGUAAUCCUCAUGGAACUCUACAAAUCCGAUGUUAUCCGGGAAGAGGUUAAGCACUAUCCAAUCCCGACUGAAUUACGAAUUGGUUGCGGUGAUAAACUCUUUCAAUAUUUAGCGGAUUGCGUGGAUGACUUUGUCCGCGGAAAAGGCUUGGAAAAUGUUAAGCUACCAUUGGGCUUUACAUUCUCAUUUCCCAUGAGGCAACACAGCUUGGACUCAGGCGUAUUGGUUACGUGGACUAAAACAUUUAAUUGUCCUUCUGCAGUUGGGCAAGAUGCAGUUAAAUUGUUGCAGGAAGGCUUAAGGAAAUGUGGUCGCGACAAUAUACAGGUGUUAGCAAUUUUGAAUGAUACAACGGGGACAUUGGUGCAAGGUGGACGUUUGGAUCCAGACACUCGUAUUGGAAUCGUUUUGGGAACAGGAUCAAAUGGUGCAUAUAUGGAGAAAGCCGACAGAGUGCGUCAUUGGGAAACAAAACGACAUGGUGAGAAGCAUGUUGUCAUUGAUAUUGAAUGGGGUGCGUUUGGAGACAAUGGAGUGCUUGACUUCAUUAAAACAGAAUUUGAUAGAGCUGUUGAUGAUGGCUCUCUAUUGAAAAAUUCUUUUACGUUCGAAAAGUAUAUCGGUGGCAAAUAUUUAGGCGAGCUUUGCCGAGUGAUUCUGCAAAAACUUGUGGAUAAUAAACUUCUCUUUCCAAAAGCAGACAACUCUAAAUUUCCCAAGGCAUGGGAAUUUGCAUCGGAUAAUGUUUCAAGGAUCGAACGUGAUGCUGUCUGUGGGACAUCAGAGAUUGUAGACAUUCUGGAAAAAAAACUGGGUUAUGUUCGUGGUAUUGAAUAUGACGAAAAUGAUAUAAAGAUCAUUCGGCAGGUUUCUGGCCUAAUAUCGAGACGCGCAGCACAAUUAUUGGCCAUAAAUACGGCAGCGCUAUUAAAUCGCAUGGAUGAGUCUAAAGUAACAGUAGCUAUUGAUGGGUCUGUCUACAAAUACCAUUUGAGACUCAAACACUGGUUGCAAUGGUACACCAGUCUAUGGGCACCAACAAAAAAGAGCAAAUUCAUUCUUGCUGAAGAUGGAAGCGGAAAAGGUGCUGCAUUGAUUGCUGCAAUUGCCAAAAAGAUUAAAGAACGAAACUUAGACUAAUCAUAGCUUUGAGAUAGAUCUAGAAAAAUAUCAGUAAAGUGUGAUUGGUAGAAAGUUAGAGAGUUUUUUCAAAUAGGCUGUAGUGUAGAUCUUCCACAAGUGUUUUUUACUGGGUAAAUAGUACUUGACCUAGUGAGGUCAGAAGUUAUUUCAGAAAUGUUAAAAAAAGAAUAAAAUGUUUAAAUUAAA